ACUAUUUGGCGAUUGGAUUUUGAAUCACAACUAGCUAUGUAACCGUAUGGUGCGUGGGGAAUGACAUUUGAAAUUCUUCUUUUCUUUAACAUUGUCACUUUCACUCAUUCUGUAGGUCAGAUCCCUCCCAAAAAGCAAGCUGCUUCCAGACUCCAGGUGAAACCUCGUUUUGAACCUGUACACUUUGUAGCUAGUAGUAAUAAAGAUGAAAGAAUGGAAGACCCUUCAGACACUCAAACACAGCCAGCAGACUCUACCAUCCCGCCGUUAGACACCUACCACGAUGAUGAUGUUAACAACAGUUCCCAAGAUCAAAAGUCUCAGUAUUCCGAAACGAGUCGUGCUCUCAUUAAUAACCAGACUGCAACAACAAGCAUGUCAUCAGAUAGUGUGAACCCUGCCCUAAGUGGUACAUCCCAUCUUCUUCCACCCUCUCAGUCAGCUACUGUGUCCUCCCCCUCAGUCAAAUUUUCUGAGUCAGAGGUAGCUGGGAAGCAACAGUUUAUCGAAAGACUUUCUGCAGUUAUUUGCAAGAGCCUUUCAGGGAUGAAUCUUGGAGCUGAUAAAAUUAAUUAUACGUAUAUGUUAACCCGUUGCAUUCAGGCAUGUAAGACAAAUCCUGAGUAUAUAUAUGCUUCUUUAAAAGAAAUCCCCCCGAUUGACAUCCCCAGAAGUAAAAAACUUUUAAUUGAUGGCUUUGCUUGUGAAGUUAGAUGCCAGAGUAUCUAUCUGACCACAGGCUAUGCCGGCAGCAAAAAUGGUUCUAGGGACCGAGCUACUGAGCAGGCCAUAAAGCUCUUGCAAAAAUCUGUGGAAGUUCGAGUUGUUAGGAGGAAAUUCAAACAUAUUUAUCAAGAUGACCUCGUGGUGUGUCAGGUUGGUGUGUCCUAUGAUUUUCCUCCAGCCCUAAAAGCCCCAGAAGAUCUCUCUGCCAAAAACGGGGCCGAGCAGUCGGACUCCGGCACCAGCUCCAAACAUUGGACUGAUUUUGUCCUCAUUGAAAAUGCAAAUGAUGCCAUUGGAAUCCUAAACAAUUCUGCCUCGUUCAACAAAAUGACAAUUGAAUACAAGCAUGAGAUGAUGCCAAAUCGCACGUGGCGCUGCCAGGUGUUUUUGCAAGGGCACUGCUUAGCAGAAGGUUACGGAAGCAAAAAAGUAAGCAAACACGCAGCUGCUUCUAAAGCUUUGAAAAUUCUUCAGCAAAACCAAUCUGACUCCCCAGUUGUCAAGGCUACACAGGUUCAAACAGUAGGCUAUUCACCUAAGGGAUCUGGAAACAAAGAUUUAAAAGAUCUUGUCAUUUAUGAGAACUCUUCAAACCCCGUAUGCACGCUCAAUGACACAGCUCAGUUCAACAAAAUGACUGUCCAGUAUGUUUUUGAAAGGCUGACAGACUCUCGGUGGAAAUGCAAGGUGAUUCUGGAGGAUGAAUUUAUUACCGAAGCAGUUGGGGUAAAAAAGUUCGUCAAGCAUGCAGCUGCAGAAGAAGCUGUGAAAAUCCUUAAGAAGACUCAGCCAACUGUCAUCAACAACCUGAAGAAAGGCACCAUUGAGGAUGUGAUCUCAAGAAAUGAGAUUCGAGGUCGAUCAGCAGAGGAAGCUUAUAAACAAGAGAUCAAAGAGGAUAACAUUGGGAAUCGGCUCUUAAGAAAAAUGGGUUGGACUGGGGGGGGCUUAGGGAAAUGUGGCGAGGGUAUCCGUGAGCCCAUCUCAGUCAAAGAGCAGCAUAAGCGGGAGGGGCUUGGGUUAGAUGUGGAGAGAGGAAAUAAAAUUGCCAAGAAAGAUAUCGAACAGAUCAUUCGAAAUUAUGCGCAGUCAGAGAGUCACACUGAUUUAACUUUUUCUACAGAGCUUACCAAUGAUGAACGUAAGCAAAUACAUCAGAUUGCCCAGAAGUAUGGUCUUAGGAGCAAAUCUCAUGGAAUAGGCCGUGAAAGAUACUUGGUGGUAGGUAGAAAAAGGCGUAAGGAAGAUUUAUUAGAUCAGCUCAAACAGGAAGGCCAUGUUGGACAUUAUGAACUUGUUAUGCCUCAAGCAAAUUGAGACCAAAAUGAUCAUGUAAACACUUGCUAACAUUUUGUGACAUGAAUUAGAAAGAAACAUUGCAUUUUUCUGGUUGUAGAAAAUACUCAUUCUAAAGUGUUGUAAAACUUUGCUCUUUUUAUCUUAUGCUUUUGUAGGAAGGCUCCUGUUCAAGUUGUACUAGUGUAUAGUCCAGAAGACAAAAUUGUCCUUGAUGUCAUUGAUGUUACUAGUUAUUUUAUAUUGUGAUGAUGUAAUAAUGUGAUAACAAAAUCACACCCCAAUGUACCCUUUCCCUUUAAAAUAUACCUUGUAUUCUGCCUUCAAAGAAUUUUUAAUUUGUUUAAAGAGCAAAGCCAUUUGGAGUAAAUGUGUUAAUGAUAUCGACUACAAUAAAACUACAACUGUCAACAUCA